GUAAAGAAGACUGAGUUUUUUUUCCUGUGAAUUUCUUCAGAUGCAGAGAUGGCAACGAUUGACGGUCUCGCAGCGGUUACUUGGACUCAGGUGAAUGUCUCUUCAUCCCCCUUUAUCAAUUCAUCAUCGCACUUACCGUCUCCGCAAUCCGCCGGCUCCUUCAACGAAAUCUUCAUUACGUCUUUGCUCGGGACAAUAUUAACCGUGAUGUGCUUAGUCGGGGUGGUUGGGAAUGUUUACACCCUGGUAGUUAUGAAUAUUUCAGUCAGAGUGACUGGUUCAAUGUACGUUUACAUCGUUAAUUUAGCCCUGGCUGACUUGUUGUAUUUAUCCACUAUUCCGUUCGUGGUCUGUACCUAUUUUGUGAAGGACUGGUACUUUGGAGAUAUCGGAUGUCGGAUUCUUUUUAGCCUUGAUUUCCUGACCAUGCAUGCCAGUAUCAUUAUUCUGACAAUAAUGAGCACGGAGCGGUACCUAGCGGUAGUUAAACCCCUGGAUACUUUCGGAAGAUCUAGACACUACAGGAGGACAGUAACCUGCGUGGUUUGGCUUGUGUCUUUUUUGCUCGCUCUCCCGAAUAUGAUCAUGAUUGAUCUGAAGAGAACCGUUCAGAAUGGAGAGGUGAAACACAUGUGCCAUCCGACUUGGCAAAUCAAAGCGUACAAGGUGUACUUGACUGUACUGUUCAACACCUGCAUCUUGGCUCCUGGCAUUGUCAUUGGGUAUUUAUAUGUCAGGCUAGCAAGGACUUACUGGAUAUCGCAGACCACCAUGUUCACCACAAAGGAAAUGAAUCGCUGUCCCAAACAGAAAGUGCUGUAUAUGAUCCUCUGUAUCGUAAUCACCUAUUGGGCUUGCUUCUUACCUUUUUGGUUGUGGCAGCUACUUAGUAUAUACUACUUUGGACACGACAGCCUGUCUCGUAGAACAAUGGUGUACAUUAAUUUCAUUGUGACUUGUCUCGCCUACAGCAAUAGUUGCAUCAACCCAUUUCUUUACACAUUACUGACAAAAAAUUACAAGGAGUAUUUGAAAGGACGACAGAAAAGCUUUGUGGGCUUUAAAAGGAAAUUCAGACACUCGUCGCAAAGGUCGGUGUCAUCUGGAAGUCACCAGUUCACGGAGACCAUGACCAUCACGCACCUGAAGGGAGUCACAGAUGCCUGUAGUCUGUGA